AUGGAACCCCUUCAACUCCGCCCCCGCGGCACCGUGAGGAAGACUGCAUCGAGCACCAGUUUAGCUUCCAAAGAUGAGACCACUGACGCCGCUCGCUUUUCUAGGAAGUUCGGCAAGCAUAUACAGAAGCGGCAGCUGGAGAUUCCAGAAUACGCCGCAAGCUUCGUCGACUACAAGGCGCUCAAAAAGCUCAUCAAGAAGCUCAGUAGCACACCAGUGAUUCCUGCACUAGGCGACAGCAGCCAUGGCCACGAUUCACUAGAUCCGCAGACAUCUCUGCAAGCGAACAAGGCUACAUUCUUCUUCCGUGUGGAACGAGAACUGGAGAAGGUCAACACAUUCUACCUCCAGAAGGAAGCGGAGCUCCGUCUGCGCCUAACAACGCUCUUAGACAAGAAGCGGGUCAUGCAGCAGCAUCCGCAGUCAGUCUCAAAGACGUCUUCGCGGUAUAUUGCGCUCGAAGAAGGCCUAAAGCAGUUUAGCACAGACCUUAACAAGCUCGAGCAAUUCGUGGAAGUGAACGAAACUGCGUUCUCAAAGAUUCUGAAAAAGUGGGAUAAAACGUCAAAGUCGCGGGAAAAGCAGCUCUACCUGUCAAGAGCUGUUGAGGUGCAGCCAUGCUUCAACCGAGAAGUCAUCAGCACCCUUUCCGACCAGGCAACGCAAGCGAUUCUCGACUUCUCCGGUUGGGCAGAAGGUGAAGGAGUGCAUGCACCGCAGCCGACCGCAGAGCCAAGAAUCUUUGAGCCAUUGAUCGAAGCGAACCUCGAACUCGACAACCAGUUCAUCCAAGCCAUCAACCUAUCGAACACACCGAAGAUCCAUGAAUGUCUCACACGAUUAUCAAAUCUACCCGACGCCAAGGAGCACAUCUCACGAGCCUUCUUGAGCACAGUUGCUGAAGCGCCAGAAGAGGCCUUGAGGAUUGUGCUCGGCUCCAACCACGUCGACCUAAAGCAAGAAGAUGAGAUCAACGAGCGCAACUGCCUCCACAAGGCGGCUAUCAGUGGGCGCUUGGAGAUCAUUCAGCUUGGACUGUCGAACAACGUGGACGUUCACGCAACAGAUGUGUAUGGACGGAUACCUCUCCACUAUGCUUCUAUGCAUGGCUACGUUGAGCUUGUCCAGGCCCUGAUUAAUGCCGCUCCGGACACUGUCAACUUCCGCGACCAAGACAGCUUCACCCCCCUCAUCCACGCAAUCGUGCGCUCGCAGUUACCAUGCGUGCAGAUCCUCCUAGCAAGAGGCGCCGAUAUGACUCGCAUCGGUCCAGGCGAGCACAUUCCACUGAAUCUCUGCUGCCAGUACGCCUCGUUGGAUAUUAUGGAGCUGCUCCUUCAAAGGUCAGCCGAGAUGUUGCCAGAUGCGGAGGGGCUGUACCCGCAACACCUAGUAGCUCGAUCCGGGAAGACACCGCAGAUGCUGCUUUUGCUUCAGAAAUACGGCGCCGAUUUGAACCAGCCGGAUAAACUCUACCAAUGGACUCCGAUAUUCCAUGCCGCAAGUGAAGGGCAUGUGGAGUGUCUCAAGACUCUACUUGAGUUCGGCGUCGACGUAGACGUUGUCGACGAGAAGAGCUUGUCUGCCAUGUACUACGCAACUUGGGAAGGGCAUCUUGAGUGCAUGACAUUGCUCGCUUCGGUUGGGCGUGGAGUGGGCUUGAAGACACAAAACCAGGUAUCGCCACGGAUAAACACUCUGCAGCCCAUGUCCAGCACAGCGCCUGGGCCGAUGGAUCUUGAGCUGGGUGACCCGGACGGCAUUCCUGAGUUCAUCCUUCCACCGCCGAUCAUACCCUUUCGCAGGUAUGGCCACAACUUCCUGGACACGAAGACAUUUGUGGUCAUUAGUUUCGAGAAGAUUGGAGAAGAUGCCAUUCGAUUUUACAACGAUCAGAAGUAUCCCGCCGCGCGGCUUACUAUCUCCUCAAAAAGCUCGGACCUUAUACCUCGAAACAUACUCUUACCCGUUCAGGAUGAGUUCAAGGUCAUUUCCUUCCAAAUUGAGAACCUGGAGGCGUUUUCUAUCGACUUCGACGUCUACCCGACUAUCGGCUCGAAGGUUAUUGCACGCAGCGUAGCAUCGCAAAAGGUGUUCACAGAACGGUCGAAGAGUACUGGAAGAUGGCACUUAGAACUUUUCGAUCCGCGACUACGAGCCAUUGGCCAGAUUGCCUUUGACUUUCAAGUUGUCAAACCCUUCCACGGAAUACCACUCGAAAUCACACAUUUCGCCACAUACUGGAAGGCCACAAGUCAGGACGACAACCAACCGCACACCCUGAUCACUGGCUCGAGCUUGUCUGGGGAGUACGUUCGUCUAUUCGUGCAGCUCACGGCGGAUGGCAUUCCGGUGUUGUAUCCAAGAUGGAAAAUCAACCAUGCAGGACUCGAAGUGCCGGUCAACAUUCUCACCUACGCACAACUCUCAGCCAUUGGCGCGCAGCAGAACGCAACAACCGCGGCACAGCUAUCGAGCCUCAAGAGUGCCACUUCGGACGAUAUCUCGCACAUUUACCAAGCGCUAGCAUCGUCAUUUAUUACGUUGGAUGAGGCGUUGUCCUUGCUACCGGCCCAUAUUCAUGUGGAACUACAUGUGUUGUUCCCGUCAAGGCUAGAGGAGGAGCGACUGAAGCUCGGCCCGUCACACGACAUGAACGACUUCGCUGAUAAAAUACUGUCAGUUGUGUUUCAACACGCUCGAGCACUGAGAGAACAAGGUGCUGGGGAAAUCGACGGCACUCUGCGCAGCGUGGUCUUCACUUCAUUCAAUCAGGACAUCUGCACCGUCAUUAACUGGAAGCAACCAAAUUAUCCUGUCUUCCUCUGCAACGAACUCGGUGCCGACUCAGCUCAAUCGCCCUCCGGCCGCCACACAAUACAAAGCUCCGGCCGGACUACCAUCUCCGUCAAGGAAGCUGUACAAAUCGCGCGCAACAACAACUUCAUGGGUCUGAUAUGCAGCUCACGGCUGCUCGAUCUUGCUCCGGCGCUCAUCGAGAGCAUUAAGACGGCUGGCCUGGUGCUUGUGAGCGAUAUCACGGACAGCGUUGCGGAUAAUGGAGUUGGCCUGCAGGUUGCGCAGCCGAGAAGGCAUAGGACGCCCGACGGCGUGGACGGAUUUCUGAGAGGAAACGGGGUGUUAUGCUUCAACGAAACGGUCGACAUCGGGACAGCCACGCGGAUCGCUCCGUGGACAUGCCGAACAUGCGUCCAGUCGCAACGCCAGACUCUGCUGCAGCAGCGCAACACUUUUGCGAGUAAGGCGGAGGCGGUGACGCAGACAGGGCCCAGGAGCAGCAAGAGAAGACGGGGAUUAUGGGCGCUGGGCGGAGGAGUCGUUGUCGGCGCAGCGGUCGUCACACUCAACGAAGAUGCAAAGCAUGCCUGGUCAGCGGCGCAAAGGACAUACCGGGUCGCGGCGACACUGGCAUUGAACAUCAAGGACUACCGCCACACGCUCAAGCGCGACGAGGACGAGGACUACCAAGACCAACUGAAGGCAUGCCACCUGCGCUGCGCGAAACGCACUCUCCGCACGCUCGAGAGCAACGGCUCCAUCUUCAUCAAGCUCGGCCAGCACCUGAGUUCCAUGAACUACCUCCUCCCGAAUGAGUGGUGCGACACCUUUAUUCCGCUACAAGACAAAUGCCCUAUCUCGUCCUUCGAGUCGAUUCAAGAAAUGGUGCUCAAAGACACCGGCCGCCCGCUUUCCCACUUCUUCUCUGAGUUCGAAGAGCGGCCGAUUGGCGCAGCAAGUCUGGCCCAAGUCCACCGCGCAACCACUGUCGAUGGCCAGAAAGUUGCCGUCAAAGUACAGCACCCGGCGCUGGAUGAAUGGUCUAAGCUCGACCUCGCUCUCACCUCCUUCACCUUCCGCACGCUCAAGCGCUGGUUCCCCGAAUACGACCUCACCUGGCUGUCGGAGGAGAUGGAAGCAAGUCUCCCGCAGGAACUUGACUUCGCGCUCGAAGGGCGCAACGCAACCCGCGCACGCGCCUACUUCGCACACGUACCGUCCUCGCCCGUCACCAUCCCCCAGGUCAUGUGGGCCAAGCGCCGCAUUCUGGUCAUGGACUUCAUCUCCGGCGCGCGCCCCGACGACCUGGCGUACCUCGACGCGCACGGCAUCGACCGCGACGAAGUGUCCGCAGCCCUGGCGCGCAUCUUCAACGAGAUGAUCUUCGGCAAGGACGCGCCGCUGCACUGCGACCCGCACGGCGGCAACAUCGCGGUCCGCCACAACCCCCACCGCUGGGGCAAGGCCAACUUCGACGUCAUCCUCUACGACCACGGCCUUUACCGCGACAUCCCCAUGACCCUGCGCCGCGCGUACGCGAAGCUCUGGCUCGCUGUGCUCGAUGCCGAUGAGCCCGCCAUGCGCCGCUACGCGUACGAGACGGCGGGCAUCCGCGACGAGCACUUCCCGCUGUUCGCGUCGGCGAUCACGGGCCGUGACUACACGGUGCUCACGCAGAAGGCGACGGGCGGGGUGGCGUCGAGCCGCACGACAGAGGAGAAGAAGGUGAUUGGCGACGCGCUGGGCGACGGCCUGCUGGAGAACCUGAUCCAGCUGCUGGGCCAGGUGCCGCGAGUGAUCCUGCUGAUUCUGAAGACCAACGAUUUGACGCGCAGUCUCGACGAGGGCCUGCACACGCGCCAGGGCCCGCUGCGCACCUUCCUCAUCCUCGCGCGCUACGCGAGCAGAACCGUGUACGAGGAGCGGCUCGAGCAGAUCCAGGCGCGCGGCGGCGUGCUGUGGCCGACCAACUUCCUCGCCUGGCUGCGCGCCUGGGGCAGGCAUUUCCGCGUCGAGGUGCAGUUGAGCGGGUACGAGACGUGGCUGAAGGUGCGGGCGCUGGCGGGGCUGAGGCAGGUUGCCGUGGCCAAUUCGUUCCGGGAGUAG